AUCCUGUGGCGUCAUACUCUUGAAAUUCAAAAUUUAGAAACAGCCGAGAAGAAACGAGGAGACGUGUUCUCUCCUCGACCUCACGUUUUCUGGACAAGUUGAGCUCACUGAGUUGAUUUUGGGAUUGCAGAACUACCGCUUUUGAGUCGUCUGGACGGUUUGUGAAAGCCUGGAUAAGAUGGCACAGUUUGGGUUGGAGAACGACAUCCACAGCAUCUUAAAGCUAGAUAUGCCCAUUACAAACGCUCCCAUGGCGAGGUGGCAGAGAAAGGCCAGCUCAUCGAGCACAUCUGCCUUGAAUGGUUUGUCACCGGGAAAAUCUGCUAAUGUGUCGCAGAGUUCCUCGAAAACGCCGAGCAAAACACCAGGCAAAAAUAAAAAACAGACUCCCUCCAAGAUGGGUGGCGACCGCUACAUCCCCAUCAGAAAUGGCAAACAGAUGGAUGUUGCAAGUUUCCUAAUCACAAAGGAGAAUGAGCCUGUGGACACAAACAAUUCAUCUGUCACAGCAGAAAACCAGAAGGCCUGGUCUAUGUCCCUGAAUGGAUACAACAUUGAAGAUGCAAAGAUCCUCCACCUUGGAGGGAAACCACUCAAUGCUCCAGAGGGCUACCAAAACAAUCUGAAAGUCCUCUACAGUCAGGUUACGACUCCAGCAUCUGCCAAAAAGACCCGAUACAUUUCCCUGACUCCUGACAAAAUCUUGGAUGCUCCUGAUCUACGAAAUGAUUUCUAUUUGAAUCUGCUUGACUGGAGCAGUAGAAAUCUUCUUGCUGUUGCUCUUCACAACAGUGUUUAUCUGUGGGAUGCCACUCACGGAGACAUCAUUUUUCUCAUGAAGCUGGAUCGUGAGGAGGACUAUAUCUGCUCACUGUCCUGGACCAAAGAUGGAAGCUACUUGGCUAUUGGCACCAGUGACUGCAAGGUUCAGUUGUGGGAUGUUGAAAAUCAGAAGAGACUGCGCAGCAUGUCCAGCCACACGGCUAGGGUUGGUAGUCUAAGCUGGAACGACCAUGUCCUUUCCAGUGGCUCAAGAUCAGGACACAUCCACCACCAUGAUGUGAGGGUGGCAGACCAUCACAUCUCCACACUCACUGCUCACUCACAAGAGGUGUGUGGCCUGAAGUGGUCACCUGACGGGCGAUACCUGGCCAGUGGAGGCAACGACAACUUGGUGUGUGUAUGGCCCCGUGUGCAGGAGGGUAGCGCCAGCAACGAUAACCAGUUGAUCCGCUGCUGGAGUGAACAUCAGGGAGCUGUCAAGGGUUUGGCUUGGUGUCCGUGGCAGGCGGGUAUCCUUGCAUCUGGCGGAGGUACCAGCGACCGUCACAUCCGCAUCUGGAACGUGAACAGUGGCUCCUGCAUCAGUUCACUUGAUACUCAGUCCCAGAUCUCAUCACUGAUGUUUGCACCCAACUACAAAGAGCUGGUCUCUGCUCAUGGAUAUGCCCACAACAACGUCGUUAUCUGGAAGUAUCCCACACUCACCAAAGUCGCAGAGCUCAACAGCCAUGAGGACAGAGUUCUCAGUCUGACUAUGAGCCCGGACUGCUCCACCAUUGCAACUGUCGCUGGGGACGAGAGCAUUCGUCUGUGGAAGAGCUUUGAAGUGGAUCCUGUUAAGAAGAAGGCUAAGGAGAGGAUGGUGAAACCAACUAGCAGCGUCAUUCAUCAGUCAAUCAGAUAAUCUGUCGUCACGUUGGAGGGUUUCUUUUGGGUCCGUGAACAAAUGAGUUAUGUGCAAAUGUUUUAUUUAAUUGACAAUAAAGAUUACCACUCAGUUCUUGUCUUGUAAUGCUCAUACUGGUGGGAUAAUGAGUUGCUGGUAAAAGUUGUUUACUCAUAUAGACUGAGGUGUUAAAUUGCAAGUGUUUUUCAAGCACUGUUUUUGAGAUGUAUUUAUAACCUACAGUUGUCUUUUAUUGUAAUAAGGAUGCAUUGUAUGCAUGGGAUUUUAAAUAAAUGUUUUACCACAUCA